UCCUGGCAGGCGAGGCACGGCGCAGACCCGCGGCGGGGCUCCGGCAGCCUGCCCACCGCCCCCGGGGCCGCCGGCCCCGCCGCUCCGCCGCUGACCGGGGAGCGCACCGGGCUCCGCAGAGCGGCUCUGCCCCCCUCCCCUCCCCUUCCCUUGCUGGCCUUUCCCUUCUCGUCUCCUCUUCUCUUGCAAAACUGUCAGGCCCAAGUGGGCAGGAGGAUAUUGGCUGUAAGGGACGCGGAGGCUCCUCCCAGAGCCUGGCUCCUGGUAUUUUUGGAGGUUUUCUCUUAACUCAGUUACAAACCUCGGUGAAAGAAACAAGUUGCCGCUGUAGCGGAGGCAGAAAGCGCCUCUGCCAGGCGAGAGCGGCUGCCGCUCCCCCUUCCUAAAGCUCCCUCGGAUGCUUCGCCUGGCUUGCGGAGAGCCGUGCUGCCUGCCGGGGGGAACGCUCCCGCUCUGGAUGUUGCUGUCUGUGCGAAAACAGGGGUUGUGAGGGAACGAAGGGGGAAGAAGACAAUGAGGAAAAACCGACCGGGGGAAAACCUCAGUCCCAAGCCUCUUCUCGAGAACUGACGGCGCUUUUGGGGCUGAGCGAUCGCGGCGGAGGGCGCAGCCCGCCCGCUCCGCGCCGGCCUCCCCGGCACCGGCCGCUCCCCGCGGAUGCGGAGUGCGAAACCCGCGGGCGCUUCUCCCGCCGCGCUGCGAAGCCACCAUGAAUUCCGUGGCUGGAAAUAAGGAGCGGCUCGCCGUCACGGCGCGGAGCAGAAAAUACGGGGUGACCGACCCCUGCUCCCCCACCAAGCCCGCCGCCCCCUUCUCCCCCGAGAGCUGGUACCGGAAGGCGUACGAGGAGUCCCGGGCGGGGAGUCGCCCCGCGCCGGAGGGAGCCGGCUCUGCCCUGGGCUCCUCCGGCACCCCGUCUCCCGGCUCCGGCACCUCCUCGCCGGGCUCCUUCACCGGUUCGCCGGGACCCGCCUCGCCCGGCAUCGGCACCAGCUCCCCCGGCUCGUUGGGCGGCUCGCCGGGUUUCGGCACCGGCUCGCCUGGCUCCGGCAGCGGCGGCGGCUCCUCGCCGGGCUCGGACCGCGGCGCCUGGUGCGAGCACUGCAACGCCCGGCUGGCGGAGCUGAAGAGGCAGGCGCUGAAGCUCCUCAUCCCCGGGCCCGUCAGCAGCAAGGACCCAGGUUUUUCUUCGGUGAUUCAUGACAAGCUCCAAGUUCCCAAUACCAUUCGUAAGGCAUGGAACGAAAAGGACAACAGAUGUGAUGUUUGUGCCACACACCUGAACCAGCUGAAGCAAGAGGCCAUUCAGAUGGUGCUGACCUUAGAGCAAGCUGCCAACUCAGAACAUUACGAUGCCUCGCCAGGCUCUCCCCCACCUCUCUCCAAUAUCCCCACAUUAGUGAGUCCUCGGCACAUGGGCAGCCUGCAGCCCAGGGACUGGGCAUACAUGCCUGCUCCUUAUGCUACAUCUAAUUAUACAGGCUUUGUUGCCAACAAACACAGUGGAAAACCCAACAGUUUAGGAAUUGUCAAUGGGGUGGAGAAGAAAAAUGGCUCACCUGGACACCAAGCCAAGGUCAGCUUUCAAAUGGCCACCAGCCCCAGCAAUGGUAAUGUUCUCAACUCUGUGGCUAUCCAGGCUCAUCAGUACCUUGAUGGCACUUGGUCUUUGUCAAGAACGAAUGGCGUCACUCUGUAUCCCUACCAAAUAUCUCAGCUUAUGACAGAGACUAGUCGAGAGGGCCUGACUGAAGCAGCAUUGAACCGCUACAAUGCAGAUAAACCCUCCCUGUACAGCUUCCCUGCUUCCCAGAGCACAUAUGUUGCCAGUGAAGUAUCCACAGGCACCUCGGUGGCAGCAUCAUUUUUUGCCAGAGCUGCUCAGAAAUUGAACCUGUCUUCCAAAAAGAAGAAGCACAGGCCUUCUGCAUCAUCUGUUCCCGAGUCUCCUCUCUUCUCUACCAGCUUCAGCAGUAUCCUUCAGACUUCCCCACCCCCUGCACCACCAUGUUUGUUGAGGGCAGUCAGCAAAGUGAAAGACACCCCUGGUUUGGGCAAGGUCAAAGUCAUGGUGCGCAUUUCUUCCACACUUGCCAGAGACACGUCUGAGUCCAGCUCUUUCUUAAAAGUUGACCCUCGUAAGAAGCAAGUCACGUUGUAUGACCCCUUGGCCUGCGGAGGUCAGAAUGCUUUCCAGAAAAGGGGCAACCAGGUUCCACCCAAGAUGUUUGCUUUUGAUGCAGUUUUCCCCCAAGAUGCAUCACAGGCUGAAGUAUGUGCUGGGACUGUGGCUGAGGUGAUCCAGUCUGUGGUCAAUGGGGCAGAUGGCUGUGUGUUCUGCUUUGGCCAUGCCAAACUUGGGAAGUCAUACACCAUGAUCGGGAAGGAUGAUUCCAUGCAAAACCUCGGCAUAAUCCCUUGUGCCAUCUCCUGGCUCUUCAAGUUGAUUAAUGAACGCAAAGAGAAGACAGGAGCCCGCUUCUCAGUCCGAAUUUCUGCAGUGGAAGUAUGGGGGAAAGAAGAAAAUCUGAGAGACCUGUUGUCAGAAGUGGCUACAGGCAGCCUGCAAGAUGGCCAGUCCCCAGGUGUCUACCUUUGUGAAGACCCCAUUUGUGGCAUGCAGCUUCAGAACCAGAGCGAGCUCCGCGCCCCUACGGCGGAGAAGGCUGCCUUCUUCCUCGACGCUGCCAUUGCCUCACGUCGCAGCAGCCAGCGGGACUGUGACGAGGAGGAUCACCGCAACUCCCACAUGCUCUUCACCCUGCACAUCUACCAGUACCGCAUGGAGAAGAGCGGCAAAGGCGGAAUGUCUGGGGGUCGCAGCCGCUUGCACCUUAUUGACCUGGGUAGCUGCGUGAAAGUGCUCAGCAAAAACCGGGAGGGAAGCUCUGGCCUCUGUCUCUCAUUGUCAGCACUGGGCAAUGUCAUCCUCGCUCUUGUCAAUGGAAGCAAACACAUCCCGUACAAAGACAGCAAGCUCACCAUGUUGCUUCGGGAGUCCUUGGGGAAUAUGAACUGCCGCACCACAAUGAUAGCUCACAUUUCAGCCGCUGCAGGGAACUAUGCUGAGACGCUGUCCACCAUCCAGAUUGCAUCAAGGGUCCUCAGGAUGAAGAAAAAGAAAACUAAGUACACAUCGAGUUCUUCUGGAGGAGAGAGCUCUUGUGAGGAGGGCAGGAUGCGGAGGCCAACCCAGCUGAGGCCUUUCCAUUCUAGAAACACUGUUGACCCAGACUUCCCUAUUUUGCAUUUAUCAAGUGAUCCUGAUUAUUCAUCCAGCAGUGAGCAGUCGUGUGACACGGUGAUUUACGUUGGCCCCAAUGGAACUGCCCUUUCUGAUAAGGAACUGACUGAUAAUGAGGGUCCCCCUGACUUUGUUCCCAUAGUUCCUGCUCUGCAAAAGACCAAAAAUGAGGGCAGGUUGGAGGAAGUUAGUGAAUCAGGGCCCAGCACAUCUGAAAGAGACUGCUUGAAGUGCAACACUUUUGCAGAGCUCCAGGAGAGGCUGGAUUGCAUAGAUGGCAGUGAAGAGAUCGACAAAUUUCCCUUUGAAGAGAUGCCUGCUCAGUUUAGCUCAGACCAGAUGUCUAAGUGCUCUGUCUCAAGCCAGCUGGCAGAGCUUAGCUACUUACCAGAGUCAGAUAAGGAAGAUAUGAUGCCAGAAUGUCAGCAUCCUGAUAGAGAAGCCAAGGAAAAUAUAAAUGCAAUGCCCAGCAAAACUAAGAGAAAUCACUCCCCUGUUCCUUCUGGAGCUCUUACUAAUGUUUCAACUCCUUCUUCUCCGAGGAGUGUAACAGGCAGCUCUAGUAGAGAGCUUAGCUCUUGUCAGUUAGCACACAGCACCAGCUUGCAGAGCAGCAGAGAAGGUCUCAACACCUGUGGAUUUGUGGAAGGCAAACCUCGGCCAAUGGGUUCGCCCCGGCUUGGCAUUGCAAGCCUCUCAAAGACAUCUGAGUACAAGCCACCAACUUCUCCUUCCCAGAGGUGCAAGGUCUAUACACAGAAAGGAGUCCUGCCCAGCUCCGCUCCCCCAGCAGCUCCCCUGAAUAAGGAUACUGGGAUGACAUCCAGUGAAUCAUUACUGCAGCCAGAAAUCCGGACCCCACCUGUAGGCAUGAGCCCUCAGAUCAUGAAGAAGUCAACAUCCUCCAGGAACGGGGAUUUUGAAGAAUCCAUUCUUGAUGAAGAUCGGCAACAAAGCAUUUCUCCAGAAUCCAAGAAGGAGAUUCUGAGCACCACCAUGGUGACUGUGCAGCAGCCAUUAGAGCUGAAUGGAGAGGAUGAGCUGGUGUUCACCCUUGUAGAAGAGCUAACCAUUAGUGGGGUCCUUGACAAUGGGCGCCCAACCAGUAUAAUCAGUUUUAACAGUGACUGUUCUGUGCAGGCUUUGGCCUCUGGAUCUAGGCCAGUCAGUAUUAUCAGCAGCAUAUCUGAAGAUCUUGAAUGUUACUCCAGUGCAGCUCCUGUGUCUGAAGUCAGCAUCACUCAGUUCCUUCCACUUCCAAAGUUAGGCCUGGAUGACAAAUCCCAGGAUGAUGGCAGCAGGCGCUCAUCCAUCAGCUCUUGGUUGAGUGAAAUGAGCACAGGGAGUGAUGGUGAACAGUCGUGCCACAGCUUCAUAGCCCAGGCAUGCUAUGGGCAUGGAGAAGCAAUGGCAGAACCCCCUGUCUCCGAGUUUGCAAGCACCAUACAGAGUGCCAGCAUGAUCUGUGUAAGUGACAAACAGAAGCCGGUGACUGACAACAUGCUUAUACUGUCAGAAAUGGGGGAGGAAGCUUUCAGCAAAGUGCCACCCAUCAAAGGCUGUAAAAUAUCAGCUCUAGGGAAAACUACUGUCACGAUCAAAAACACUGCAAGCCUCAGCAGCUGUGAAGGCUACAUCCCGAUGAAGACAAACAUUACAGUGUAUCCAUGUAUCGCUGUUAAUCCCUUCAAAGCACAAGACGCUGAUGAUGUUGUACCAGCAGUAACCGCAGACCCAAAGGUCGCUCAUCCCCAUGAUGAGAAGGAAUCCAGUGCGAAGAAGGAUAUCAGAUUUGAAGACCCUUGGCUGAAGAGAGAGGAAGAUGUAAAAAAGGACAGCUCUGGGAGCAGUGAUGGGCCAAGGCCUGACGUAGCCGCAGUUCCAGCCAUGCCUGAGAACAGCACAAAGCAGUCCUCAGCGGACAGGUUUAGCAGCAGCAGCGGGGAUGCCUCUAUCUCCCCAGGAUCUGACAGUCUAAAGAGGAUUGUGGAUGGCUGUGAGGUGGCAGCGUCCAGCUGUGCAACCCACAGCCCUGUUCAUUCCAGUGAUGGCUUGAAGAACGGCAGCCUCCCUCGGUGUGUCCCAAAGGCAAGCAAGCCGGAGGAGCCUGACAGUAACCUCCAUCCUACUGCCUCUGACAGCACUGGAGUUGGCUCUCCUGCCCUCCCCCAGUUUUCUAAGGCUAGCCUUGAGAAGAAAAUGGCCUCUCCUAAACACUGCGUCCUCACUCGUCCCAAAGGGACCCCUCCUCUGCCACCGGUGAGAAAGUCAAGCUUGGAUCAGAAGAACAGAGCCAGCCCCCAGCACAGUGCAGCCAGCAGCACCACGAGCAGUCCCUCUAGCCAGCCCGGGUCCUUCCUGGCCAGCUUCCCCGAGGAGCUGAACGCCAAACAGAAGGGCCCUGGCAUCGACAGCAGCAGCAACAACAGCAGCAGUAAGCUCUUCAGUGCCAAACUAGAGCAGCUCGCCAGCAGAACCAACUCCCUUGGGAGGUCCACAGGAAGCCACUAUGAGUGCUUGUCGCUGGAAAGAGCAGAAAGCCUCUCCUCUGUGAGCUCCAAAAUGAGCCCUGGAAAAGACACCACCAUGCCUCGGGCUGGAAGGAGCCUCAGCCGCGGUGUCAUGUCCUCACCCACGAACUCGGGCCUCUCCCAGUCAGCAGGUACCUCCCCGAAAGCCAGCCAGUCGAAGAUCUCUGCGGUCAGCAAGCUCCUGCUAGCAAGUCCCAAGGCCCGCAGCCUGUCUGCCUCUGCCACCAAAACACUCAGCUUCUCGACCAAGUCCCUGCCUCAGUCCGUAGGGCAGAGCUCCAGUUUGCCUCCGAGCGGGAAGAACAUGUCCUGGUCAACGCAGUCACUCAGCAGAAACCGGGGCUCCAGCCUGGCUUCCAAAUUGCCCCUUCGGGCCGUCAACGGGCGGAUUUCGGAGCUGCUCCAGGGGAGUGCCAGCGCCAGAGGCUUCCAGCUGCGGGGAAGCUCAGAGGCAGACGAGCGUGGGGGCCUUCCUGGAGAUGAGAAGCCAGCUGUUCACAUGCUGCCUUCACCUUACAGUAAGAUCACCCCUCCUCGGAAACCUCACCGCUGCAGCAGUGGUCACGGGAGUGACAACAGCAGUGUCCUGAGUGGGGAGCUGCCCCCCGCCAUGGGAAAAACAGCCCUCUUCUAUCACAGCGGGGGGAGCAGUGGCUACGAGAGCAUGAUGAGGGACAGCGAAGCGACGGGGAGCGCCUCCUCAGCCCAAGAUUCCAUGAGCGAGAACAGCAGCUCUGCGAGCGGCAGGUGCCGAAGUCUCAAAAAUCCAAAGAAAAGAUCAAAUGCAGGUUCGCAGAGGCGGAGGCUUAUCCCGGCUUUAUCACUUGAUACUGCUUCCCCAGCAAGGAAGCCUGCCAACAGCCCCGGGGUCCGCUGGGUGGAUGGGCCCCUGCGAAGUGGGCAGCGGGGGCUGGGGGAGCCCUUUGAGAUCAAAGUCUAUGAGAUAGAUGAUGUGGAGAGGCUUCAGCGGCGACGAGGCGGGGACAGCAAGGAGGUGAUAUGUUUCAAUGCCAAACUGAAAAUCCUGGAGCAUCGCCAGCAGAGAAUUGCUGAGGUCAAGGCCAAGUACGAGUGGUUAAUGAGAGAACUGGAGGUGACCAAACAGUAUCUGAUGCUGGAUCCCAAUAAGUGGCUCAGUGAAUUUGUUCUGGAGCAGGUAUUUGAGCUGGAUUCUCUGGAAUAUCUGGAGGCCCUGGAAUGUGUGACUGAGCGUUUGGAAAACCGUGUCAACUUCUGCAAGGCCCAUCUCAUGAUGAUCACCUGUUUUGACAUCACCUCUAGACGCAGAUAAAGUAUGAACCUCAAGAGAAUUUCAAUGCGCAUCUCUGCCAUCCUCCUUUUCCCUUCUGAAUAGCAUCCCAAAGACAACAGAAUGAGGAUGAAGGUUGGAGUCAAGUCUCACUGUGUGUAUGAGAGAUUUGCUAUACUAUACAGAAGAGUGCUAUUAAAAAAAAAAAAAAAAAAACAGGACAAGCAUUAAAAAUGGAGAUAUAAGGUUGUUGAUUCUCUUAGCCUAAAAGAGCACUUUGAGGAACCUUUUAAGGACAUGUCUGUAAAUAAGAACUGCUGGCAGAAGACACUUCUUUCCCUGCGAUAGCUGAGGGAGGAGGAAAGGUGGUUGUAGGACUUCCAUUGAGAGGUUCAUUAAAAGAAAACCUAUCCAGAAAAACUGUUCAAGUGCCUUGCAAAUCUUUAUUAUCCAAACAUUUAUGUUGAUACUUUAUUGUGUACAGAUGGUGCUAGUCAAGAAAAGAAAAAGGAAAAAAACAAACACACUUUUGAAAUGUAUUUACAGCUUGUUUUUCUCUUGGUGUUUUCUCCUAUUUCAGACUUGCUGUUUCUAAGUAACUUGUGUUUGUAGAGAUAUUUCCUAAUCAGUACAACAUAUGAAUAAAUGUUAACUGUCUUUUCUUGUUACCAGAGUAAGGCCACUCAAAGAGAAAUUCAGUUUUCCCAGAUGACAAAAAAUAUUUCUAGCAGUGAGUAAGGUUUGCUUAUACAUUCUUCUGUACUAUCUUAUAUGCUGGAGGACACAGUAAUUUUCACAGCCCAUAGGUUCUGCAGUGGAUGAGAGAGGAGAGUUGACCUUGCCAUGAAGUAAAUAUCUUUUCCAUUUGAUCCAACCCCCAUAACUUGGUGGUUUUUUUUUUUUUUGGUUGGUUGGUUGGUUGGUUGGGUUUUUUUGUUUUGUUUUGUUGUUUUUUUUCUUUCUUUUUUUUUUUUUUUUUCAUGUAUUUUUAGCUUUGUAUUGGCUGGAGUUACGGAUGAAGAGGCAUCUUUAUUCUAACUCCUUUUUCUGGUGCUUAUAACUUGAUGGAAAAUUACUUUUUAGGCUGAGGUCCCCCAUACUUAUCAGCCCCAAAAUGAGUGAUUUAUUCUGUCUGUCUUUCUUGAGACUAUGACUGAUAAAAUUUAGCUCUACCUCUUUUUGACAUACACCACUGCAAAACAUGUUUUGGCAGCUUUUGGUCCCUGGCCCAGACUGCCCAUAGUGACAGACAUACCUGAGAAGUGCAGGCUCUGCUCAGCUCAGUGCUUCUGGAAAUAAACGGGAGUCAUGAGUGAGUGGAUAUAGCAUCUCAGGCAUGUUGGCUGUGGCAUUUUCCUUUUCAACCCUCCAGUAUGAAGCCAUGGCAAAAUUCACGUUGACAUCAAAAGGACAAGGGUCUGUGCCUCAAUGCACAUUCAAAUGUUCUGCUUGUUUGCUUCUUUAUCUACAAAAUAGUAUGUCGGAAGGAACAUCCUUUGUGUUUCUUAAAGAAAUGUGCAAAAUCUGCAUUUUAAUUACAUAUGAGCGUGAAGAAUUAUUGUGUUGAAUUAGGUUUCUUCUUCUUCUUCUAUACUGAAAUAAUCCCGUUCACAAAAAUUCCUCUCUGACAUACACUUGUGCUACCCUUCUGUUGCCUAUGAGAAAAUAAGAGCAUCAUUUAACAUACACUUAAUAUGCAUCAAUUUACUACUGUACUUAAAUGCAACUCUUCUUUUAUCUGCACCAUCAUAUUAAUGCCAUCUUACAAUAUCCCAGCAGCCAGUCCCAAUGGAAAAAUAACCCUGCAAAAAUGCUGAUAGAUUUUCUACUAGUUAGCUUAAAAAAAAAGCUUUGUUUUUUGUUUUGGUUUUGGUUUUGGUUUUGUUUUUUUUUUUAAAGAUAGAAAUGACAUUCAUAUAGUUUUGGGUUUUUUUUUUUUUAAUACUCCACAACUUGUAAUAACAAAUCUUACUCAUUCUAUUAGCCUUGUCACCGGAUUUUGUAGAAGAUCCUUCUUACAUUCUAUAGGAUUAUUUGGAGGGAAAAAGAUCCUGUAUGAAAGUCACUUUCUAGUCUGUUCCACAGCAUUUUCCUAUCAUGAGACUCAUAUUCCAAGUAAGUAUUAAAGACGUAGGUCUGAUCCCUCUCCCCUUCUCUCUCAAGGUAAAAAAACUGAAGAAAACCCCCCAAGCAAUGCCAUUUUUAUCUAGGUUUGUUUCUCUCCGUAGUGAUUUCAGUAGCACUUGUUGCAUAUUGGUUCUGUUGAGGCCAUCUCUUCUCUGCAGAGCCCCGUGAACUCAGUGCGGCUCCACAGAGCCGUGGGCAUCGCCCCUGCAGUUCUGUGCUGGGUGAAGACCAGUGCCCUUGGGGUAUGGAGUGCGUCUCUCCUGAUGGCCUCAGUCCCGCGGAGACACGCCGCCAGGCCACACACACGCAGAGGAGGGACUUGGACAGCCAGCUCCUGUCCCUCCCUGGCCCGAGUCCCCAGGUAGGACCACACCGCCAUCACCCGUGGCACUGCACUAAGCCUGUCUCCCAGGCCGUGCCCCCUCCAUGUUCAAGGAAGAGCAUCCUCCCCCCCACACCCCCCGCCAAGUUGUGCACGUGAAGUUAAAUGUCGCCUUCUUUAAGCUUAAGCAUUUCGGACAACGUGAAUGCUGGAAGGUGGUCACUGGGUGGUUGGGAUGCGUUGCCCUUCCUCUGCUGAAAAUGAGCAGCGCAAAACGGGCAUGUUGGGCUCUCUGGGGGCCUGCUCUCUGAUGGUCGGUGGCAAGUGGUACAGUAAAAGUAAACACAUACUUGACAGAAAGCAAGUGAAAUCCUAGCAAAUGGUGCAUGCACAGAAAGCAUUAUUAACAAGAGAUGUCCUCCCACGUACUCCAGGACUUACACAGAAGCGGUGAUAUUUCUGUAAAUCAAGUGGACACAUUUCAGAGCUCUUCUAAAAUAUCUAUUGCAUGUAAUAUUCCUCAGCAUCAUUAACUCAAUUAUUCAGUGUCUCUAGAUAUGGUACCUCUGUAGAUUAGGAAGCAGCCCAAAAAGCAUGUCUAUCUAGCCAUUAUUUUAAACAAUAAGAGCAUAUGUUUGCCCUGUUUAUCAUGAUGACAAAAAACGAUUACUGAAACCAAACUGACUGUGCCAAGGAUUAAUUUGGCAUACUGAAAAUUAUGUACUGACUGAGUAGAAUCACAGUCCUUAUAAAUAUUUAAUUUCUGAGGACUUAAUUAGAGUAACCAUUAACACUCUCAUCUUAUACGAAUAUUCAUAUCCUAAAAUCCACACUCACCUUCUCUUUUUAGGCUUUCUGUCAGUGCAUUUCAGAAUUUGCCACUAUAUUUUUAGGAAUUUUGGUGGCUUAAUGCAUAAAAUGGAGUGAAAAUUUGUGGGGAUUUGACAUCUAUGAAAUGUUUUCUUGUCUUAACAUAGCAGCUAUCACCUGUGGCGUGGAAUUCAAAUUUUAUGAUAACUGAAGGAAUAUCUUUUACAAACAUCGCCUUUUACAAAUGUUUAUGCUUUUGUUGCAUCUUUUUUUUCUGAGCUAAAAUUAAUUGUAAAAAUAAAGUGUACCUACAUAUAGACAAAUGUAUAGGUACACAGCCUGAGACAGUGUCGUCGUCCCCCCAUUAUUGUUUACAAAUGGCAACAACAAUCCCUCCUCCUUCCUCCUCCAAGGAGGACCUAUAAAACCUUUCUCCUUGCACCCACCAGGAUGAAGCUGAUUUAUGCCACACUAUAGGGAAAAAUUUUGCUUGAAACGGUUUUGAAGAUUUAAAGGUCCUUUCCUCCUCAUGUUCAUCGGCCAACAAAGCCAAAUUGCUGCCAUUCCCAUACAGAGGCUGUCAUUGAAAUGUUAAAGCCUGUAAAAGUAAUCCAAAUGAACUACUCUAUAUUUCAGGGUGUCAUGGAUUCAAGGCAACAUAUUUUACAAUCACAACUGUUAAAUAAACCAAUUUCUGCAUAUGCGUGAGGCAUACAUGAUAGUUACAUCGAUUGAAAGCCUGGACUCUGAGCUGUCUAUGAGAUAAAGCUUUCUGUCUAGUCCUAAUAGCUUUAAAAUUGUAACUUGAAGCUUCUGCGUUGAAGAAGCAAAUAAAAUUCUCAUAAACCAGAGGUUGAACGACCCUCUGAUGCCAGUUCAUGUGGGAGGGAUGGUUGCACAGCAUCAGGGAUGCAGCAGCUCACUGCAGAGAUCAAAGCAUUCGUAUCACUAAAUACUGAUAGGAGCUGAUGACGACCGUACAGAGAGACGCUAUUUCUCAAAUCCACUGGUGGGUGACAUACCUUCCUUAAUCCUGAUGUCCUCAUGGUCUUUGUUUUGUUACUCCACAGGCUUUUGCAUUGGUAGCACCCAGCAGUUGUUGGAGACACAAGGCUGGCUGUUGCCAGCUAUCGCAAGAUUUGACAGAGGUGUCCAAAUAGUCAUGGCAAACAAAACUGUGAAUGAUUUGUCAGUGCAAAGUUAAUAAUCUCUAUCUCUUGCAUUUAUUGUGCGCUCAUCCCAGGGUUAUCUGAGCUUCCAUAGCUGCUCUUGGAAAUAAUAAACCAUUUUAUUAUUGUCUUUAUCUUUUCUUCUUUCUCCUUCUCAAGCAAGCUUUCAAAAAAAAAAAAAAAAAGAUCAGAAAGAUCAGUUUCUCUUGAAAAUGUAGCACCCUUAUCCUAACCCCAUUGAAGUCAAUAUGGAUUUUGCCACCAGCUUCAUGGACAGCAGACUCUUGCUCACUUAUGCAAUGUUUUGAAGCUCACAAAGGGCAUGAUGAUUCUGCAAAGAACGGAGGUGCUGAAAGUGAAAUGGUAGCAUUCAUCUAUAAUAUUUCAAACCACCUUAAAAGCCCUCCUGGACAGGAAAUAAAACACAACACAACCCAUCUUACUUUGAGUGGUCCUACUUAAGUAUUGAGCAAACUUUAUAAUAAUGGUAAUAAAUUGGUGCUUGAGGCAGUUUCAGCUAUAUUACAUAUUCUCUAUAUACUCUAGAUAUGGAUGUAUUCACCCUCUAUAUUGUAUAUGUAUGUGUGUGAGUAUUUACAUAUAGCACACAUACAUAUAUGUUUUAUGUAUGCAUAGAUACUAACUUUUCUAAGUUUUACUUCUUUUCCUCCCAUAGCUGAAACUGCUGGUUACUAACAUCCACAUGAUAUUCUAUGUAUGAAGGAUAUAAUUUAUUUGUAAACUCAGGAUGUUCUUGUUUUAUAGAGUUGUUUGUAUUUUAUAAUUUAUUUACACAUCAUGGUUGGAAAUGCUUAUCUAAGUGCUAUGCAUUGAAGUGUAUGAUCGCUAAAUCCAUUUCACUCUGUUGGUGGCUAUGUUCUUUCUCAUUAUAACAGUGGUAUAAAAUAGGGCUAAGGAGGAGACAAACUGAUGGAUAUAGAACUUAUGCUGAGCCCACCAAUGGGUAAUUCCAGAAGAGGAUGUAUCAGUAGUAGAUAUAUAUAUUUUAUCAACUAAAUUUUAUGGAGAAAAAAAAAAAAAAAAAGAGGAACAGCAUGAGGACAAGUUCAAAAUGUGGAAAGUCACAGCCAUUUCCAAGUUGGUCAACAAAUGCAUUGAACCUUUUGCCAUUAAAAUUGUAAAGUUUAUUGUUUGCUAGCUAAAAAAUAUCCCUUUUGUGGUAUCUGAGGUGUGAAACAUUGUCAAAAAUAUGAUGUCUGGAAAAAAAAAAAUUCAAACUAUAGUGGCAUUAAAUGUUUACUUUUAUCUUACCAAUA